AAUGAGAUUGAAAUGAUGAUAAUACAAAUACAGUGGUAAAUUAAAAGUCGUCUCCCUUCACUAACCGAUCUUCUCCGACGGACUUUCAAUCUUCCUUCUCUCUCUAGAUCACGCUCGCUUUCUAUUUUUUCUUUGUUUCUUAAUUAUUUCUCUCUGUUAAUCAACAACUCCGCUUGAAGAUCUAUCUCUACUCACGCGUAGAUCCAAUUGGAGAAGAAGGAUCUAGAGGAGCUUGAAUCAAUAGAAGAGAUAAGGAAUUUCCGUUGGCAGUGGCGGCGGAGGGUUCCUGCCGAUCUGUGAGAGCAGAUGGCGCUUUCAGGGAUGAGAGGUCUCUCCGUUUUCAUCAGCGACAUUCGCAAUUGCCAGAACAAGGAGCAGGAGCGCCUUCGCGUUGACAAGGAGCUCGGUAACGUCCGUACCCGCUUCAAGAACGAGAAGGGUUUGACUCCUUAUGAAAAGAAGAAAUAUGUAUGGAAAAUGCUCUACAUAUAUAUGCUUGGUUAUGACGUAGAUUUUGGCCACAUGGAAGCUGUUUCUUUGAUAUCCGCUCCCAAGUAUCCAGAAAAGCAGGUUGGGUACAUAGUGACGUCAAGCUUGCUUAAUGAGAACCAUGAUUUCUUGAGAUUAGCAAUAAAUACUGUCCGCAAUGAUAUUAUUGGUCGGAAUGAGACUUUUCAAUGCCUUGCAUUGACUAUGGUUGGAAAUAUUGGCGGGAGGGAAUUUGCUGAAUCAUUGGCUCCUGAUGUUCAAAAGCUACUUAUUUCGAGCAGCUGCAGACCUCUCGUGAGAAAAAAAGCUGCACUAUGUCUACUGCGCCUGUUUAGGAAAAAUCCUGAUGUUGUGAAUGUCGAUGGCUGGGCGGAUCGGAUGGCACAGCUUUUAGAUGAACGUGAUCUUGGUGUUUUGACAUCUUCUAUGAGCCUUCUGGUUGCUUUAGUCUCAAAUAACCAUGAAGCAUAUUGGAGUUGUCUUCCAAAGUGUGUUAAGAUAUUGGAGAGGCUUGCUAGGAACCAAGAUGUUCCACAAGAAUAUACUUACUAUGGCAUCCCAUCCCCCUGGCUCCAGGUUAAGACAAUGAGGGCUCUUCAGUAUUUUCCGACUAUUGAAGACCCAAAUACCAGAAAGUCACUAUUUGAGGUUUUACAACGGAUAUUGAUGGGAACUGAUGUUGUGAAAAAUGUUAAUAAGAACAAUGCUUCUCAUGCUGUUCUCUUUGAAGCCCUAGCUCUUGUGAUGCAUCUUGAUGCUGAAAAAGAGAUGAUGUCUCAGUGCGUUGCCCUUCUUGGAAAAUUUAUUGCUGUGCGUGAACCAAAUAUCCGAUAUCUUGGCUUGGAGAAUAUGACUCGGAUGCUGAUGGUCACAGAUGUCCAGGAUAUUAUUAAAAGACAUCAGGCUCAGAUCAUCACCUCAUUAAAGGAUCCAGACGUUAGUAUCCGUAGGCGUGCUCUUGAUUUGCUUUAUGGUAUGUGUGAUGUUUCAAAUGCUAAGGACAUAGUUGAAGAAUUAUUGCAGUAUCUGAACACUGCAGACUUUGCCAUGCGCGAAGAAUUGUCACUUAAGGCUGCUAUUCUUGCAGAAAAGUUUGCCCCCGAUCUCUCAUGGUAUGUGGACGUGAUCCUUCAGUUAAUUGACAAGGCAGGAGAUUUUGUUAGUGAUGACAUAUGGUUUCGGGUUGUACAAUUUGUUACGAACAAUGAAGACCUGCAGCCCUAUGCUGCUGCAAAAGCCAGAGAUUAUCUUGACAAACCUGCUAUUCAUGAGACCAUGGUUAAGGUAAGCGCUCAUCUCCUGGGAGAAUUUGGCCAUCUUUUGGCCAGACGGCCUGGAUGUAGUCCAAAGGAAUUAUUUAGCAUCUUACAUGAAAAGCUUCCUACUGUGUCGACUUUUACCAUACCUAUUCUGCUUUCAACUUAUGCCAAGAUCUUAAUGCAUACUCAACCCCCAGACCCUGAACUGCAGAAUCAGAUUUGGGCAAUAUUUAACAAAUACGAGAGUUGCAUUGAUGCUGAGAUACAACAACGAGCUGUUGAGUAUUUUGCCUUGAGUAGGAAGGGUGCAGCUUUAAUGGAUAUACUGGCUGAAAUGCCAAAAUUCCCGGAGCGCCAGUCUGCAUUGAUAAAAAGAGCAGAAGAUACAGAAGUUGAUACUGCAGACCAAAGUGCUAUCAAAUUGCGAGCACAGCAACAACAAAUGUCAAAUGCCUUGGUUGUAACUGACCAACGCCCAGUUAAUGGAACGCCACCUGUCGGGCAGCUAAGUCUCGUUAAAGUUCCCAGCAUGAGCAGCAAUAUGGAUAACAGUUCAGCAGACCAAGCAUUGGCCCAGCCAAAUGGUUUAUUGAACAAUGUGGAUCAACCUCCUUCAGCGGAUCUCCUUGGUGAUCUUUUGGGACAACUAGCUAUAGAAGGCCCUCCUGGGGCUGCUGUCCAAUUUGACGAUCAUGCAGUGUCUGGAUUGGAAGGUACUCCAAAUGCAGUUGAUGGAGCAGCCAUUGUACCAGUUGGAGAGCAGACAAAUUCUGUACAGCCCAUUGGCAAUAUCAAUGAAAGAUUCCAAGCUUUGUGCUUAAAGGAUAGUGGGAUUCUAUACGAAGAUCCUUUUAUACAGAUUGGCAUCAAAGCAGAGUGGCAAGCCCAUCAGGGGCGUAUUGUUCUUUUCUUGGGAAACAAGAAUACUUCUCCACUUGUUUGUGUUCAGGCUCUAGUAUUGCCUCCAUCACAUUUAAAUAUGGAGCUCUCUCUAGUACCUGAAACCAUACCUCCACGGGCACAAGUGCAAUGCCCACUUGAAGUAGUGAAUCUCCGGCCAAGCAGGGAUGUUGCUGUUCUCGACUUCUCCUACAAGUUUGGUACCAACAUGGUCAAUGCCAAGCUCCGACUUCCUGCUAUAUUGAAUAAAUUUCUUCAGCCUAUAUCAGUGUUGGGUGAAGAGUUUUUCCUUCAGUGGAGAUCACUUUCAGGACCACCUCUGAAGCUUCAAGAAGUUGUUAGAGGUGUAAGACCGAUGCCUCUCUUAGAAAUGACAAAUUUAUUUAAUAGUUUGCGGUUGAUGGUUUGUCCAGGGCUUGACCCAAAUCCAAAUAAUCUGGUUGCAAGCACCACCUUUUACUCGGAGAGUACAAAAGCCAUGCUUUGCUUGAUUAGGAUUGAAACAGAUCCAGCUGACAGAACGCAGUUGCGAAUGACAGUUGCCUCUGGGGAUCCCACAUUAACAUUUGAGUUGAAAGAAUUCAUUAAGGAACAAUUAGUUAGCAUUCCGACAGCAACCCGUGCACCUGCUCAGGUGCAACCAGCUCCUCCUCCAGUAGCGCAACCAACCAGUCCUGUGGUAUCUUUGAAUGAUCCUGGAGCUUUGCUUGCUGGUCUGCUGUAAGGAAGUGCAAUAGAAUAAUAUUUGAGAUUGGUUUGUACACUUGUAAACCUGAUUUCUACAGCUGGCCCACUCAUCUGCCGCGAGAUGGACAAGGAAUUCAAAUUGACGAUGCAGGGGCUGGCGGAACCAAUCAACCAAAGGUGAGGUACUUGUGAUCGGCUUAAUUGUUCAAGUGGAAUUCCUGCUGGGGUCGGUCAGGACUUUACAUAUUCUUUCAGCACAACUGCACUUGUGCUGUAAUCUGUUUGUCUUUUGGGGUGAGGGGUUUUGUUUUUCACUUUCAUUUUUCGCCUUCUCUUCUCAGUUUUACAUGAUUGGUUUUUGUAGUGCAAUUUGAUAGCCUGUAUGAUAAAGCAUGGAGUAGAGCCAGUUGUAGAAGUGUUUUUUUUUUUUUUGGGUUCAAAUAGGCAUUAUAGUUUCAGAGGAGUUGUAGAGGAAAAUGGAGUAAUUAUUAUAAACUCCAAUUUCAAUUUUUUAAAUUUGCAGGUUUUCUGUUUUUCUUUUUUAA